UAUUUUUAAUCAGUCCGUGGCAGGAGAUCCGUGGCUGCUACAUCGAGCAGCUUCUUUUAUCAGGCUACGAAGACAAACGCAAAAGAUGGCUCGACUUGGUUUGAUUCUGGGCGUCAUUUCCAUAAUUGGCCUCUCGUCUGCUGUUGAUGACAAAACGUUUUCAAGAGAUUCGGCGGGCAGGCCUAGUAUCGCUCUUUGCGGCCAUGCUGAUAUUGUGUUUAUGCUGGACGCCUCAGGUUCGGUUGGUUUAGAUAACUUUGAGACCAUCAAGCAGUUCACUCGAAGGAUGAUCGAGGGGAUGGUGAAGAUUAAAGCGGAGGCUUUACAGAUUGCAAUAAUGCAAAUCGGCAGCCUCAACAACACGGUUGAGCAUCUUCAUCUGAAUUCCUUCAAAUACCCCGAAGAGGUCAACCUGCUCAUUGCCACCCUUGAAGCGUUGCCUGGGCUUCAUCGUUUAGAAACCACCCGUACGGGGCAUGCGAUCGGGCAUAUGAGGCGCAACAGCUUCAAGAAGAAGUUUGGUGGAGGAACGCCUGACAGGAAGAAGAUUGCCAUUGUGAUUACAGAUGGGCGCACCAAGGACCCAGAAUCCCUAGCAAUGGAAGUCAAGGCUGCCGGUGACGCCGGCAUAGAAUUCUUUGCCGUGGGCAUAGGGCAUGACAUAGACUUGAACGAACUACUCACUAUCACUGGCGGGCGUCCCCACAGGGUUGUACUGGUGGACGAGGACAAGGAAGUACUCCUUGAUAAAAUUGAGGAACUCCUCAAGUUGCUUUGCGCAAAGAAGUGUCGCACUGUCGCCGACGCUGCGUUCAUCAUGGACGCGACAGGUAGCAUGGGAGGGAGCAACUUCGAGAUAAUUAAGACGAUUGUAUCCCAUGUUAUUGACGGUAUCGGCAUCGUCAACCCCUCCAUGAUUCAGGCUUCUGUGAUCAGAUUCGGACACGCGAAGAAUACGAAGGAGAUGAUUCACCUCAAUAGCUUCAGCAACAAGCAGGAUCUCGAUGACGCCUUGUUCGGCCUUGACAGGCUUUCACUCCGCGAGACGACCCACACGGCCAUGGCUAUUGGACUGAUGAAUGCGGAAACCUUUACCCGAGAGCAUGGCGCAAGAGAUUAUGCCCCGAAGAUUGCUGUGGUGGUCACUGAUGGAAUGGCAAAAGACAAAGCAGCGCUCCCAGACAUCCUCAAACUGACGAACGAGAUGGGAAUCCGUGUCUUCGCCAUAGGGAUUGGCGACGUCGAUGAGGAGGAACUAAACUUGAUUGGAGAUGGUCUGUAUUUCAAGGCAGAGGACUAUCAAGAUAUCGUCCCUGUUCUCAGUAAUGCGCUGGGGCAUGUCUGUGCGUAUCUUGAGAGCAAGACACUGGCGAUAUUGAAGGCGAACCUGGCCAAGUCAGUCACCGACAAGUGGAGGCUUAGUAAAGUGGUCACUCAUAUCCAAGAUACUGUGGGUCAUCACCUACCCUGAAAGCAUUAUGAGGCGUCGAGGAAGACGGCUUUGGCCAGAAGACACCGGCUACGCUCAACAAGUAUAAUUGUCGUGAUGUCAUUGUCAAUUGUUCCCGUUUG